AUGGGACGCAACAACGGGCGCGCACCCAGCACGCGAGUGUUCUCCGCCUCCUCCUCUGGAGGAGGGAAGCGCAAGCAGCGUACCCGUGAACCGAAGGAGGUGGUCGACAUUGACGACGCGUACACUUUCGAUGAGAAGCUGCCAAAGCGCCACCGUACAUCGGCCGCGCAGCUGAGCCUCGCUCGCGACGAGGCUCAGCCUGAGCGCCCUGGCGCUGAAGAUGACGACGAGGAUAUGGCUGCGCGGAUCCGCAAGGUUGCCAUGCAGAUUGCUGGGGACGACGCGGCCGAGGUGGAGGAGAGCGACGACGAGGAUAUCGACUCGGACGAGGCUUGGGAGGAGGACGGGAGUGAUGAGGAGCGGUGGGGAGAUGUGUUUGCCAACAUCAAGAAGGGCAAGGGGAAGAAGGGAAAGGCGGUCGUCUUGAAGCCGGCCAAGCCUAUCAAUAUCAACCUCGACGAGACGGAUGACGAGAGCGAUCCCGAGGUCGAGCGGUCGCCUAGGACGGCGUUCAAUUCGGCGUUCCCGGACGAGGAGGAGGAUGAGGAAGAAGAUGACGACGAGGAGAUGGAGGAGGAUGACGAGGACGAGGAUGACGAGGACGAGGACGAGGUCUUCGACGAGGACCCCGAACUCCCGUCUGACCUGUCUGACGACGACGACGAUGCCGGAAUGGACGGUCUCGAUGCCUUUGUCGACAGCCUCACGAGCGCGGACAAGAAGCGCAAGACGGACGCCGACGAGCCCGCGGCCAAGAAGCGGCGUGUGCUGCCCGUCCAGGCCGCUCCGGGUGUCGGCGACGGUGACUUUGCGCUCAAGAGCAAAACCAAGGUCGACCUCGCUUCACUCAUUUCGUCCAACCCUGCCCUGUCGGGCGCGAGCGCGCUGCUGCCGUCCAAGAGCGACAAGAAGUCAUCGUCGGUGCUCAAGUCGGGCGUGCUCCCUGCACCCCUUCCCACCGUCGUUCAGGACCGCAUUGAUCGCGAGGCCGCAUACGAGAAGACGCGCGAGGAGGGGCAGAAGUGGAGCGGGCUUAUGAAGCGCGUCAAGGAGGCCGAGCACCUCUCGUUCCCACUGCAGGCCAAGGCACGUGGCGGCACCAAGAGCGCGGGUGAGGUCGUGGCGAGCUUCAAGCCCGAGGGCGAGCACGAGAGUGCUGUCGAUGCUCUGCUAGCUGCUGCCAACCUUACCGACAAGGGCGUCGCUGCAGCCGAGGACGAGGCUCUGCGCGGGCAAGAUCUGUCGCCGGAGGAGAUCGAGGCGCGCCGCGCGGAACUGCGGUACCAACGCGAGCUCAUGUUCCGUGCCGAGCAGAAGGCGAAACGCGUGAGCAAGAUCAAGAGCAAGACGUUCCGCAAGCUGGCGCGCAAGCGCGCUGCCAAGGCGUCGGCCAACGGCGUCUCGCUCGAGGACCUGGAGCGUCUGGACCCCGAAGCGGCGGAGGAGGAACGCGAGCGCCUUGAGCGUGAGCGGGCACGGGAGCGUGCAACGUUGCGCCACGGAGCGCGGAGUCGCUUUGGCCGCGGUGCGGAUGGCGAGGGUACUGAGGCUGAGGCGGCGGAGCGGAGGACACAGCGCAACGAGAUGCUCGAGAUGCGCGACAAGCUGCAGCGCAAGAUCCAUGGGCGCGAGUCUGGGGAGAGUGCGAGCGAGAGCGAGGAGUCUGCCGAUGAGGACGACGAGGACGCAAUCAAGGCGCGUGCGUUCGACCAGCUCGCGUCUCUCAGCAGCAAGGACGACACACCCGCCGCCAAGAAGGGCCUCAUGCAGAUGAAGUUUAUGCAGAAGGCCCAGGAGCGCCGCAUGCGCGAGGUCGCAGACGAGGCGGACGCCUUGCGCCGCGACAUCGACAUGUUUGGCGAGGAGAAUGACGAGAGCGAGGACGAGGACGCACCACAGGUCCUCAAGCUCGGCGAGGGCCGGAUGGUGUUCUCUGGGCCUGGUGACCUCGAGGUUACCGACAAGGCGACCCCAGCUAAGGGGAAGCAGGGCGAGAAGAAAGCCGAGAAGGAGGUCCCGCGCUACAACCCUUCGCCAUCCCCCGAACCCGCCUCUGCCAACCCAUGGCUUGAUGCAUCAGCCUCCGCCGGGCCAUCACGCAAGAAGAACGCUAUCAACAAGAGCUCUGAAGCCAAGGCCGUACGUGCGCUCAAGAAGGCCGCGCGGACCAAGGACGACGACGUGGACGAGGUCGAGAUCAACGUAGACGUCGGGAAGAAACUGAGCCGCUCUGAAGCCAAGAAGGCAGCUAAGGCUGAGGCAGCAAACGAUUCAUCGGACGACGAGCUCCUCCCUGCUUCGGGAGUCAAGGCAUUUAAGCAGCGCGAGCUGGUAGCCGAGGCCUUUGCUGGCGACGACGUGGUGGCCGACUUUGAAGCCGAGAAGCAGGCUGUAAUUGACGCAGACGCGCCUCAAGAAGUAGACACGACCCUUGCAGGCUGGGGCGGAUGGGGCGGCAAGGGUGUUCGUAAACGCAAGCCAAACGCCAAGAUGAUCAAGAAGACUGCGGGGGUCGACGCCGCUGCUCGUAAGGACGCCGGUCGGGCCAACGUCAUCAUCACGGAGAAGAAGGACCGUAAGGCGGCGAAAUACCUCCCUACCGACCUACCGUUCCCAUUCACCAGCGUCAAGCAGUACGAGGCGCAGUUUGCCAACCCUGUCGGCAGCGAGUGGAAUGCGAGGGCGGGAUUCCAGAGGCAGACUUUGCCACGGGUUACCAAGAAGCCGGGAGCGAUCAUCGAGCCUGUGCGCAGGUUGUUUUAG